AUGUCCAAGCAGGAAGAUCCUAUUGACGACGAACUGCUGCCAGAUGCAUCCCAGACCGCAAAGGAGCUUCUGGCGAAGGGCCUGUUUAAGGACAAGUUCACCGCGGCUCUCCUUAACGGGAUUGAACCCGACGAUGGUGAUCUUGACCGACGCUCAUCUUGCAAUGACGGCUGCAAUAGCCUCUUGCUGGCCAGGGACGCUGCAUUUGCACUGCUUGUGGCACGUCUUCACGAACGUCCUCAAGCACUGCUCGUCAUCAUUUGCUAA